AUGGUGACAACGGCUGCUAACCUACAUCUAGUAGUCAACUCAGAAACAAUACCUUCUACAGCGCCAAGUCAUGAUCCAAUAUCAUUGUCAGGAACGAACACUGCGGCGAAGGAUCCUUUGUUGCCCUGCUUUUCGGUCUUGUGGGAGAAGAAUGGAAACUUUCACGGUCGGCGGCCGAUCCUUGAGCGACUGAGAAAUGCUCUAGCUCCCGCAGAGGACACAAGCGGCAGUCUGACGGGAACCGAACGGUCUGGUCCACGUUGUGUCACGCUCUCAGGGCCAGGAGGUAUAGGCAAGACACAGGUGGCUGUCCAAUUCGUUUACGAGCACGAACCUUCUUUCGACGCCGUGCUCUGGGUGUAUGCCGAUGAUGCAACCAAGCUUGCUCGAUCAUACGCUCGUAUCGCGACUGAUCUUGGUCUUGUUGAUUCAGGCUCAACUGACGCACAAGACGAAGUUCUCACAAGAGGUUACCUUCUCAACUGGCUCAACCAACCAUAUCGAUCACUGGGAAACCGAGAAAACGAGCGGGCGACAGAAGCUUCGUGGCUAAUCGUUUUCGACAACGCUGACAACAUUGACCUCUUGCAUGAUUACUGGCCACAUGGCUCUGGAUCAAUCCUCGUGACUAGCAGAGACCCUCUUCUGGACAUGCAAUUCCACCACUCAUCGAGCUUUCGCGAAGUCCUGCCGGUCUUCGAUGAGGACGAAUCAGUAGAUUUACUGCUCAAGCUCACUCGUCGUGGCGAAGACGAGGAUGACCCUGGCGCUGUACAUGCAGCAGCCAAUGUUCUUGGAGGCAUCCCUCUGGCCGUGGCUCAAAUGGCUGGCUCCAUUGUGCGUAGAGACAUAACAUUCACCGAGUUCGUUCAGGAAUACAACGAUCCACGAUCCCAUCCAAAACUCUUUAGUCAGCCGGCCGGCCAUGCACAAGCUCCAAAUUAUGAACACACCAUUUUCUCAGUGUGGGCUCUGGAUGAGCUGAAGCACAGCACCUGUCUGUUAGAUAUACUGGCGUUCCUAGAUCCUGAUUACAUCCCGGAGUACAUUCUCUUAGGAGUCAAUGGGACUGGAAGUGAAGCAAGCAAGGACAUACAUGGAUUUCCAGGAUCUAUACCAGAGUACAUCGAAGCUCGAGCCGAGCUGUUGCAAGCCUCGUUGGUCUCAAGAGAUCGGAGUGCGAAGAAGCUGUUCAUGCACAGACUGAUACAAGACACGGUGAUCUCCAGGAUGAGCGAAGAGCGAUACAGCUCAGUCUAUGUUUCAGCGUUGCAGCUGAUCUCGUGCGUGUGGGAUUACGAGGAAGACUUCGGCUUUAUCAAGGAAGAGGCUGCACGUUGGCGGCGCUGCGAGGAGCUGUACAGUCAUGUCCUCCAUCUCAGGAAUCUCUCUUCGCGGCUUGCGGCUCCGACAAUCAUUUCAGAAGCAAAUUUGCAGCCGCCGAAAGUGGUCUUAGCAGCAGCGUGGCUUGGUAUAGGGCGCGGCGACUACGUUGAGGCGGGAAAGUUGAUACAACUGACCGAGAAGCUGUGCAAGGCCUUACAGGUCGAUGAGUCAGUCUUUGCCGAAGAAAGCAGUACGAAGCAAGAGUUUGACGAGCUAGUACUUCAACUGCCGUUUCAUCGAGGUGCACUGGCGCACCAUACCAACGAGCCGAGAGUGGCGCUUGACGAACUGAAGACUUACAUCCGCCUGCUGGACAAGAAGCCUAAGCGAAGGCAGACUGCGGCCUGGCGGCAGCAAAUGGCUAUCGGUCUUAACGAUCUUGGCGUGUCUUACUUACAGAAUGAUGAUGCCGUGAAGGCCGAGGACUAUUUGGAGCAAUCCAUCGCGAUACUAGGAGAGCUGUCUGACAUCAGCCCGAACACCAUCUCGAUGCCGCAAAUAAACCUAGGGUUUGCUUUUUCGUUACAGGGACGACACGAGGAAGCGGCAGACAUGUUUGAACGAACGCUGGUCAAACGAGAACAGAACUAUGGCCGGGACGACGUGCGAUCGUUUGCGCUUGGGAAACUGUUGCUUGGGUAUGGCAACGUCAAGGCCGCCCAACACAAGUUCGACGAGAGUCUGGAGCUACACGAGCGCUGCUUGAAACAAUACAAGGGCUCGGUUGGCGCCCACCACCAUCGCACAGGGGAUGCCUGUGUUCAUGUCGCCAAUCACUACCUGCGACUGCACAAGUUCGACGACGCACUUGUCCUGCUGGAUCAGGCAGGUAGGAUAUUUCGAGGCCGAUCACACUUCCGACCUGAGGAUGCGAGGGUGUGCUACAAGCGUUGGAAAACACUUCUAGCCCUAGGCCGGCUGGACGAAGCGCGGUUUUGUGGCAACACGGCCUUGCGGCUGUAUCAGGCCAUGACUUCGGACGAUGACCGGCAGCUGGAAGCAUUGAGUGAGGAUGAUUUUGAUAAACGCAUCAUGUUUUGGUCCCGAUGA